AUGGGACAGCGUUCUAGUAAAUGUCCAGCUGAUGAAAGGAUUCGUCGAAAGCGCCAACAAGCUAUUUUUAAAAAGAAUAUUCCAUCUGUAGCAAGCGACUUUUAUUUUGCAUGUCGUAAUGACAAUAUUGAUUAUGUAAGAGAGCAUAUAAAAGACAUGUCAAUCGAAGAAAUCAACAAAUUGGAACCAAAUGGCAGUACGGCACUUCAUGCUGCAACAUUUUAUGACAACAAAGAAAUUGUUCAACUAUUGAUUAGUGCAAAAUGUUCUAGAACAAAACUGAAUCGUUGCGGUAAAAUGCCACACGAAGAAAUUCAAACUGCAGAAAUGAGAAAAUUGUAUGAGCGUCCAACAUUAACGCGUUUCCAUGAAUCUGAUCCAAGCACAUCUUUGGCAACUUAUGUACCAGACGACCAAGGACAGCAACAACAGACAAAGUUAGACUGGAUUAAAGUAUUUGAAAACGAGAAUGAACUAAUGGAAUAUUUAACAAAUCAACAAACAACUGUUAUGUGGUUAAAAUUUUUCAAUUGGGUAUCGCAUACAUUCAGUCGAUUUUUAGAUAGAAAUGAUUACAAUGCCAAUUUAUUCGAUUUGAAUAAUGAUAGAGAUUUUGAUGAUUUUCUCAAACGUACAAUACCGAACGAUGAUGAAUAUAAACAAGCAAGAGAAGCACUAAUUGAGGCUGAACAAGAUGAAAGUAUAAUUCCAUUGAUUGAGCUGUACACAAGUGAAUUUGAACAUGGUGGAAUUCCAUUUUAUCAGGUAUUGAAUAAACAAUUAGCUCUAUCAUCGGAAAAUGAUAUUAAUACAGCUCAUUUUUGCGAUCGUUUUGUUCUUGAUUUCGAUAUGAAAAGUCAGGAACUUGAAAAACGAGCUUACAUUGGAGUGACAUAUCGUGGUGUAACAAUGAAUGAUGCUGAUAUUGAAAAAUAUGAACAACUUUCAUUUUAUGGAAGAAAACACGGAAUAAUCGCCACAAAAACAUUUCAAUCAACAUCGAAAAAUAAACAAGUGGCUUUGAGAUUCGCAGCACAGAGUUCCGAUGAUUUCAAACGUGUUUUAUUUGUAUUCAAAAUAUUGAACCCAUGCCCAACUAUAUUUUCCGUUUAUGAUGUAUCUAAAUACCCUGAAGAAGAAGAAGUAUUGAUAAUGCCGGGAAAUUUAUUUAAAGUUACUGAAGUAGUUAAAAAUUCCCAUUUAACAGAAAUACAUCUUGAACAUAUGAAAGUAACAAUAUCAUUUUUCACAAAAAUUGUUCAAACUAUAAAAGCUGUUCGAUACAGAAGCAAUGUUGAAUAA